AUGGAGUCUUUUUCACUUCCUGAGAGAAAGGACCGAGCAGACGGAUAUGGAGGCGUUAUUCUUUAUGUAAAACAGUAUCUAUACUAUAGAAGAAGGCGUGAUCUUGAAAUCAACGGUGUGGAAUGUCUUUGGAUUGAAAUAGAAGUUUCUAACAAACAUAUUCUUUUCGGUACAUUUUAUAGGCCACCAAAUACUGAUGCCUUUCAACACUCUUUGAUAUUAGACUCUAUUCAUCUUGCUUUUGAUACAGGUAUUGAAAACAUCAUUAUUGCCGGUGACUUUAAUCUUAACAUAGCCAACCAGGUGUCUAACAAAAAAGUCAGUAGUAUAUGUGACCAGUUCUCCUUGACGCAGUUAAUUGAUACACCUACACAUUUCACUGAGACAUCAUCCUCAAUCAUUGAUCUAAUUUUUACCUCAAAUAAAAACUUAAUACACAUAAGUGGCGUUGGUGACCUUUUUCUUCCUCAAAACGUUAGAUACCACUGCCCAGUUUAUGGACUUUUAAACCUUAAAAAGGCAAAAUUUCCACCAUUUUACCGCCACGUUUGGAUAUUCGAUAAGGGUAACUACGACAGACUUAGGCAAAUAACAUUAACAUUUGACUGGGCCUCUCUCAAACAUGAGGAUAUUGAUAAGUACACGGAAAACAUUGCAAAUAAAAUUAUUGAGAAUGCCAAAAUAUGUAUCCCGAACAGAAAAGUACUGAUCAGAGAGGGUGAACCGUCUUGGUUCACGAAUGAAAUCAGAUUACUAAUUAGGAAACGUAAACGUUACUAUAGAAAGGCAAGACAAAGAAAUACUCCGUAUCACUGGGAAAAAUUUCGAAACCUCCGCAAUCUUAUAGUUAACAAAAUCCGUGUUGCAAAGAGUCAACAGUUGGAUCUUCUUUCUAAAAAGUUAAAAUCAGAAUCUCAAACCAACAAAACUUGGUGGUCUUGUUUGAAAUCUUUCAUAAAACCAUAUUCCUCCUCCUCUAUUCCUCCCUUGUCAUAUUAUGAUAAAAUUAUUGAAGAUAUGCCUGGUAAAGCCAACUUGUUCAAUGACUUUUUUGUUGGUCAAACACGUAUAGAUGAGAACUCAGCACCCCCGCUGCCACACGCACAACCUGUUGAUCACGACCUCCUUGUUAGUAUUACUAUUUCCCCAGAUGAAGUAAUAUCUGUUUUACAAUCUCUUCAACUAGGUAAAGCUGCAGGCCCUGAUAGUAUAAAUAAUCGUAUCCUUCGUGAGCUUUCUCUAGAACUAUCUGGCCCCUUGUGUGAUCUCUUUAAUUACUCAUUGCGUAUUUCUACAGUUCCAAACAGUUGGAAAAACGCUAAUGUUACACCUAUUUUUAAGUCUGGAGACCCCUCUCUUGUAAAUAACUCUCAUAAGUACUGUCAAUAA